CACACACACACACACACACACACACACACACACACACACUGUAUGACAUCCAGUCUCUACAGCUUGCUGUGUGGCCGGUGUGUGUGUGUGUGGUCGUGUCGCCACCUCCAUCCCUCGCCUGUCUGCUUGCCGGUAGCAACCCUCGCCUCCACGAGUCUGCUGUCCACCGCCGUCGACCACCGCUGUGAGCGGAGGGGAGUCAUAGCAGCGGAGCAUCCUUCUGUUUUUCUCCCUUAAACAUGUUUCGUAACCCAUGGAUCUCCGGUUACCAUGUGAACCAUGUGCAGCCCUGUGGCCAAGGAAUUGGAACUCAAGCUCCGACAAAACUUUGCAACUCAACCUCGUUGCCAACAGACGCCUUAAGUUUUCAGAGUGACUUCUCCUUGGGUGACAAGACCACCUUGGUCAAGAGUGUUUCAGAUACAGAUGCCAAAUUUCUGGCUGUCCUUCCCAAGGUUUCAGAGUUGAAGAAAUACUUUGAGGGAGCCGACACCAACGAUUCGGAAAUGAACAGGAAGGAGAGGAUAGCCCGGCGCCUGGAGGGGAUGGAAAGCGAUGCUCCGCCUGCACUGGUGCCCGGCGGUUUGGUAGCCAACAGAAUGCUGGAGGAGGAUCCUCCGCGGUACACCCGCGCCUCAGAUCCCUGUGAGCCUUGUGUGAUGGUGAGGCGCUACAGUCGAGAGGAGCUGGAGGCCCCCCAGAAGCAGGUGUCAUCCCCAGACAGAUCGCCUCAGGUCAAAAGCAGUGUUGGCGGCGGCCGUCAAGAGCCAGUGUUGGUGUAUGUUGACCCAGUAUCGUUAUCCAGCUCCUCUACGCCCACAUCCGGCCCCGCAGACCCCUCCAGCCUCAGUUCCAAGGCUGAACGCAUCGCCCGCUACAAAGCAGAGCGCCGCCGCCAGCUGUCAGAGCGUUAUGGCAUCCUCCUGGAUCAGGAGGCGGACAUCGAUUACUCACCACGCUACCGUUCCCGGCGUGAUCCAGAGGUCGCUGAUCGACAGCCAGCUCCCAGGCGAGACAGAGACAGACAGGAAGUGGAGGAACAAGGACGUGAACCCAAGGUGCCAUACCGCUCAGGAGUGGGCAGGGUUUACAUGAGGACACACCCCGAACCUGCCACUGUUCCCACCUCCACGCCCGCCCACUCAAACCAAGCCCCUCCCCCCACACAAGAAAGACAGAGAGGAUUCUCGGAGCGGGAAAGAGCGAUGAACAUCGAGAACCACCGGCGGGGUGGGGCUCAAGAGCGCUCAAUCACAUCUAGGAGCAGAACUCAGGAGCUGCAUCCGCCCCCGCCCCAACAACAGCAGCAGCAGCAGCACCAUCAGGACGACGCCCACCAGGAGUCAAGCCCCGCCUCCACCAGGGAUUACAGCAUCGCGGCGGUGCCCAGCUCCCCUCGCACCGCCCGCCGGGCGUCGCUACCCUCAACUCGCUACGGCAUCUCACCUGGGGAUUUAUUCAUAGAGCAGCAGGCCCAGAGCAUCCUCAACAGGCAGGGAAUCCGAGUAAAGGAAAGAUUGUCCAGGGAUGAAACUGUCCAGAGGCCACCUGACUGGAGUCCAGACAGGCACCAGGCUAACAGACAUCGUACACAGGCUAACGCUGCUCAGUACACGCCACAGCGCUCAGAACUCGCCCAGCAAAGGACUGUUUCCCAACUUCAGCCCAGUCCAGGCCACCAUCCUGCCCAUGGUCAAACAGCCUCUCCUCCCUCAGCUCCUGAGUACCAAUACUCUGGCUCUGCUAUGGAUUCUCAGCCCUAUUUGGCCAUGCCUGCCCCAGGGACCGCCAAACUUCCUGGACCGCCUGAGGUACAACCAAGAAGGAGAGUGAAUGCCGACCAAAUCUAUGCCAACCACAGAGAGGCAAGAUUGGAGGCGAAGCAGGCCCUAAAGGAAGAGGUCCAUACAGAGGGCCUGCUAAAGAGCAGGAAAGCUGUGCUGCCCUCAGAGAUACGCCGAAGGGAAAAGAGCGUGGAUGAUCCUCACAGGGGCCGGCAUGAAGACAUGGACUGGCAGAGCUGCAGCCCAGAAUGGAGACGGAGGAGUCGAGGUGAGGAAGACUUGGACCGGGAGAGAACGAGGGAGAGGGGGAGGGAGAGGAAUGUCGAGAGGAUCAGAGAAAGAGGGAGAGAGCACCUUUCUAGCCAUGACAGCCAAGAGGAAAGAGUGUUCAGAUCUUUGCAGCCUUCCAUUACAUCUGUACGCCAUCAACCCAGGCAGCAUCAAUCCUCAGAGCCUGUGUACCAUCAAGAGCCCCGAAUUCCCGAAGACCCUCCAACGCAGCAACAAUAUGAACCCACAAGGAGGCAACAUGGUCCUCAAAUUCAACAGCAAGAUCCACCGAGGCAACAUCAGUAUGAUCACUCGAGACAGCCCCAAGAGCCUCUAAGACCACAGCAGCCUCAAAGACAGCAGGAGUUCGAGCCCCAAAGACAAGAGCAUGCAAGUCAGCAGCAAGACUCCCAGAGAAAACAACAACAACUAGAUGAAGACCUGGAGCCACAGAGGCAGCAGGAUCCAUCAGGGCAGAGGUUUGACUCCGCCGUCUACCUCCAGAAGGGCCCCGCUUUGCCUCAGGCCAAACACAGAGGCACGGAGAUAAGCGGAGCGCCCAAACCCAAGAUACGAACCCGCUCCAUGUCCGAUAUAGGGAUAAGCCAGCAUGCUCCCAUGUAUCGUAUGGAGAGGGCAGCGGCCAGCAGGGAGACGCUGAGAGCCGUCCCUCCAUCGGGGAUUGCUAACGGAGAGAUGGGCACCCUGGACACAAGGGUGUCGGUAGCACAGCUGCGACACUCUUAUCUGGAGAAUGCCAACCGGAAACCAGAGCUCGAGCCUACUAAAGUAGAUCUGUCAACAAUGGAGGUAGAUCCGGCUAGCGUCAGCGAUCGGGACAGGGGUACACGGAGGCCUCGACGUUACAUCACUCCAGGAGACAACCGCAUGUCGGAGAGGUUUAGGACCCAGCCCAUCACCUCUGCAGAGCGGCUGGAGUCAGAUAGGUCUCGUCUAAGCCCAUCACAGCUGCAGGACGUGGAAGAUGAAGAAAAACUGGACGACAGAGCCAAAAUGAGUGUGGCUGCCAAGAGGUCUCUCUUCAGGGAGCUAGAGAGGACAUCAGAGGGAUGCAUUCCCAAACCGCGCUCUCGAAACACUGCGGUGGAAAGACGCCUGAGACGAGUCCAGGAUCGCUCACACACCCAACCCGUGACCAACAAGGAGGUGGUCAAUGCUUCAAGUGAUCCUGCCACACCGUCACAACCUGUGGGCAUCCACACUAAUGUAACUCGUGUCCCCAGCCCCACUAUACUCACCAGUGUGACCAACAUCAGCAUCCAGCCCUCCUCCUCCCAGCCAGGCUCGGCAGGACAGGAUCAGGAGAAGGAGACCCAGGAGCACCAGAAACCAACUCAAGCUCCAAGCGCCGGGGCCGAGGGAGAUAGCCACGGGCCUGUCUCGGACGAGCCUGACCUGUCCACCCUCAGUUUGACUGAGAAGAUGGCUCUCUUCAACCGCCUCUCUCACGCUACGGGAAAGAGCCCUGAGGCGGCCAGAGGAGACACCCGUCUGCGCAGGGCCAACGCCCGGUUUCAGACUCAACCUAUAACCCAGGGAGAGGUGGAGCAGGAAGCUGAGCCCCCGGUAACCUCUGCAGUGUGUAACGGUGACUUAGAGGCCAGUCGGGGAGAACAUCUGAAAAACGGAGGUGAAAUCAAGCUGGAGCCCCUGUCAGCCUCCCUUGUCCGCUCUGUGGCCGCCGUCACCUCCCAAGCCUCUGUCACCACGGUAACCAUGCCAGGCAGCAGCAGCGGCGGCGUUGGCAUCGAUGACGGUCUCCGUCCAGGGAAGUCCACCGCCGUCCCCUACAUCCCUGCCCAACAACAGGCUACCAGCACCACAAGCAGCCACCAGGAGAGGGCGUUGAGGUAUUUCUCCAUGACCCAGAGUGGAGACCCAGGCCACCCUGAGCCCGAGCUCAACUCCUCCCCUCUCCUCUCUGCUGAGAGCAGAGAGAGACUGGGGGCUCCUCUUCCUCCCACCUCCGCUGCUGGUCACAGGCAGCAGGGGGAGGCGGCGGAGGAGGGCAGGAGAGAGCGUCAGGAGGAGGAGGUUAGGGGGAGACAGCAGGGAGGAGCCAGAGAAGAGAACCAAGGCAUUAAGGGAAAGCCGCACUCCCCCGAAAGGGACCGGGAAGGCAGGCAGCGGCAUCAGCAUCCCCAGCUUCAGCACUCUGCCGAGUCGUCUUUGUGGAGGGGCGAGUCGGAGCCCCUGCCCAGCUGGAGAGCCGCAGACGGUGACUCCCAGGAGAGAAGGGAGAAAGCAGAGGGAGGAGGAGGAGGAGGAGGAAGAGGAAGAGGAGUCUACCUGAGAGAGACAGCUCACAGCUCCUCCACACAGGAGCAGGAGAGGAGCCAGGCUGGCAUCUCAGACUUGCCUGAUCAUCCUGCACCACUGAGGCCGCUCAUAGCUAAAGUGUCAUCCAGGACAGUGUCUCACGUUCCAAGCAGCCAUCAGCAGCAACCCAGCAUCCAGCCUCCUCAAACUCUUCCCAAACCCUUUGCACAGCAGCCUCCCGCAACCCUACCCAAACCUCAGCUCGAGAUCCAGCCCCAGCCGUACUCACAGCCACCCUCCCAGCCACCGCCGCCACCAACGUACCCCAAACCAUUCACCCAGUCCCCACAAACCCAGCCCAAACCUCAGGGAUUCAUCCAGCCUCUCCCUAAGCCUUACCCGCAGACAGCCGCCCCCCCGCAGCCUCAGCCCAAACCCCAGGUGCCUCCGCAGACACCUCCCAAACCCCAGUGCUUCCCCCAGGCGCUGGUCAAGUCCCAGUCCCUGCCCCUGGACCACAGCGACGACCUCUCUGGAGAUCUGCUGUCCCCCACGGAGUCUGGAGACCAACUGUCUGACGGCAUGUCCUCCAAACAGAUGUCCAUCAGGGAGAGAGUGGCACUGCUGAAGAAGAGCGGCGAGGAGGACUGGAGGAACAGGAUCAACAAGAAACAGGAAGUGGUGAAGGUGGCGUCCACCGAGCAGCAGGCUCAAGUAUGGGAGACGGAGCAGAGCUGCCAGAAGAAGGAGGAAGGGGUGGUCGUUCAAGACUACUCCGCUGUGUCUGAACAGCUGUGGGAACCUGUCUUCUCUUCCACCUUUUCUCCUCCUAUCUCCCUCGGUCAAAAGUGUCAGUACAUUGACCAUCACAGUCAGAAGACUGGAGAGGAGAUCGAGGCCCAGAUGACCAUCGAGGAGAGAAAACAGAUGAUUUCGGUCCGUGAGGACGCCUGGAAGACGAAGGGCAAAGGAGCGGCCAACGACUCCACCCAGUACACCGUCGCCGCGCGUAUGGUCAAGAAAGGCUUGGCAGCCUCCUCCUCUGUUAUCAGUCCCAUCCUGUCGCCGGUCUCCACCAAACUCAAGAGCAACACGCCCGCUGUCACCAAACCACAAGAGGAAAUUGAGGCCAGACCAAACAUGGAGUCUGAUAAGAAACUAGACAAGUUGGAGAACUUCUUGGGACGUCUGAAUAGCAAAGUGGCAGGUCUGCAGGAAACCACCAUAACAGUUACCGAGAAGGCAGUGAAGGAAGUGAUGAAGCUGGAUGAUGAAAUCUUCUCCAAGUUCUACAGACGCGUCGCUGAAUUUCCACGCGUGCCCACCAGGAUCGAGAUCAACGAGGAUUUUGACGCCAUCUUUGGUUCUCAGGGUCCAAAGUUGACUUCGGCCAUGGUGCAGCAUAAGCGUUCGGUGCGUCCGUCCAGGAACGUCCAGGCGUCCAGAAACCCUCUGAAGAUGCUGGCGGCCAGAGAGGACAUCAGACACGAGUACACCGAGCAGAGGCUGAAUGUGGCGCAGGUGGAGAGCAAGAGGAUGAAGGCUGAGAAGAGUGAGUUCAGUAAAACCUCCGAGUACUCUGAGGCUGCUCUGGCCGGUCUUGCCAGUAAAGAAAACUUCAGCAGCGUGAGCCUUCGCAGCGUCAACAUCUCCGAGCAGAUGUCCAACAACAGCGCCGUGCCGUACAAGAACCUCAUGCUGAUGCAGAUCAAAGGUCGCCGUCACGUUCAGACCCGAUUGGUGGAACCGAGAGCGUCAUCGCUGAACAGCGGCGACUGUUUCCUGUUGAUCACUCCGGAGCACUGCAUCGUCUGGAUCGGAGAGUUCUCGAACGUCAUCGAGAAGGCCAAGGCGAUGGAUCUGGCCACCUUCAUCCAGACGAAGAAGGACAUGGGCUGCAGGGCGAGCCAGGUUCAGACCAUCGAAGAAGGGGUCAACCCACAGGGUCCAGAUAUGCAGCAGUUCUGGGCGAUCCUAGGAGGGCAAACUGCUUAUCAACCGGCGGGUCCGCCAGAGGAGGAUGAGCAGUUUGAGAAUGCCAUCGUGGAAACCAACUGUAUCUUCAGACUGCUGGAUGACAAACUGGUUCCCGAUGAUGACGAGUGGGGGAAGGUUCCUCGCAGCUCUCUGCUGGAGUCCAAGGAGGUGCUGGUGUUUGACUUUGGCAGUGAGGUGUACGUGUGGCACGGUAAAGAGGUGACCCUGGCCCAGAGGAAAGUGGCCUUCCAGCUCGCCAAACACCUUUGGAACGGGAUGUUUGACUACACCUGCUGUGACGUCAACCCGCUGGACCCUGGAGGCUGCAACACACUCAUACCCAGGAAGGGCCAGGGCCGUCCUGAUUGGGCGAUAUUCGGCAGGCUGACAGAGCACAACGAGACGAUCUUGUUCAAGGAGAAGUUCAUGGACUGGACCGAAGCAAAGCUGCCGUCACCAAAAGAAUGCGGCGAGCUCGUACCUGAGCUGAAGGAGGCCCCGGGGCGAGAAUGCCGACCUUACGACGCCACCCUGAUGCUGCCCGUCCUCCAGACGUCCAUUUCCACCAUCAUGGAUGGGGUGAAUGUCGGGCGUGGCUACGGCCCGGUGGAGACCGAAGACCACAUGAGGUCUCAGGAGAUCAGCACGGUUUCUGUGGACGUCUGGCACAUCCUGGAGUUCGACUACAGCCGUCUUCCACGCCAGAGCAUUGGCCAGUUCCACGAGGGAGACGCCUACGUGGUCAAGUGGAAGUACAUGGUCAGCACCUCAGUCGGUCGUAGGCAGAACCCUGAGGCAAGGAGCAGCGGGCCAGGGAAGGAGAAAUGCUGCUACUUCUUCUGGCAGGGUCGGCACUCCACCGUCAGCGAGAAAGGAACGUCAGCGCUGAUGACGGUGGAGCUGGAUGAGGAAAGAGGGGCACAGGUUCAGGUGCAGCAAGGAAAGGAGCCUCCAUGUUUCCUGCAAUGCUUCAACGGAGGGAUGAUCGUCCACGCUGGCAAGAGGGAGGAAGAGGAAGAGAACACUCAGAAUGAGUGGCGUCUGUACUGCGUGAGGGGCGAGGUUCCCGUGGAGGGCCACCUGCUCGAGGUGGCGUGUCACUGCAGCAGUUUGCGCUCCAGAGCCUCCAUGAUCCUGCUCAACAUCAACAAGGCCAUCAUCUACCUGUGGCACGGCUGCAAGACGCAGCUGCACACUCGCAGCGUUGGAAACACGGCCGCGCUCAAGAUCAAAGAACAGUGUCCACUGGAGGCGGGUCUCCACAGCAGCAGCAAGGUCACCAUCCAUGAGUGUGAUGAGGGAGUGGAGCCUCCGGGCUUCUGGGAGGCUCUGGGGAGAAAAGACAGGAAGGCCUACGACUGUAUGCUGCAAGAUCCCGGUAAAUUCAACUUCACCCCGCGGCUUUUCCAGCUGACCAGCACUUCUGGAGAGUUUGUGGCGAGCGAGUUCUUCCACCUGUCCAGAGCUCCGGACCUGGUCAGCUCAUUGCCCUUCCUGCAGGAAGACCUGUACAACACACCACAACCCGCAUUAUUCCUGGUGGAUAACUUCCAUGAGGUUUACCUGUGGCAGGGCUGGUGGCCUCAGGACAGCGAGUGCACCGGCUCGGCUCGUAUCCGCUGGGAUGCAGACAGAAAGUGUGCGAUGGAGACCGUGCUGCAGUACUGCAAAGAGAAAAACGAGAAGAAACCUCAGAAGUCGUAUCUGAUUCACGCCGGCCUCGAGCCUCUCACCUUCACCAACAUGUUCCCCAGCUGGGAGCACCGAGAGGACGUGGCUGAGAUCACAGAGAGGGAAGCGGAGGUGUGUAACCAGAUCAUCCUGGUGGAGGACGUGUUGGCUCGGCUCUGUCAGAACACCUUUCCUCUGGCUCAGCUGCAGGCCCGGCCGCUCCCAGAGGGAGUCGACCCGCUCCGCCUGGAGAUCUACCUGUCAGACCAGGACUUCGAGAGCAAGUUGUAGGUGGAUUCAGAAAGCUUUGGAAAUGAAGAGGGACGAAUACGAAAGUCUACCAGGGUGGAAGCAAGUGAACUUAAAGAAGGCCAAAGGACUGUUUUAAGGAAGUUGGAAGGAAGAUGGUGUGCGAAGAGGAUAAAAAGUGGACAGUGGAGAUGGAGUCAGUUCAAAAACGUACACGAAGGAUGAGACUGGAGAUGCACUCGCCUUGCUUAUAGUCAUGUUUUACCUUUCAAACUUUUGUCAUUACAUAAGAAAAUUGAAAUCCAGUCGGUUUAAGAGGAGGUGAGAGCACCUCGCUUUGGUUCAUACGUGAUGUUUGUGUGUUAUCCGGAGUCUCCUCCAAACACUAAAGUCACCGCUCAUGGACUUGAAGAAAAUGUGCACACUAGGACGCUUGGUGUCAGAGUGCCAUGCUAUGGUUGUGUAUGUAUGUAUGUAUGUGUGUGUGUGCGAUUGUAUAUAAUGUUUGUAUGUGUGUAAUGUUUAUUUGUGUGCGUAGGUGCGUUUGUGACUUUGUAUCUAUGUAAAAACAAAUCCUGUCACGUCAGAUGUUGUGAGGAAAGUUUCUUUCUUUUUGUCUACAGUGUCUGGGUAACCCAUGUUGCUCGAUUGCUCGUUUGAAACUGCUGAAGUGACUCUGACUUGCUGAGCUCCCGAGAGCAGGAGAUGUAAGAGUUGUAAUUUAAACCGUUUGACCUUUACGAGAAAGAGAAGCAGCAGCUUGGUGAAUCUGAAUGUAUAGUGCCUUGCUUUUUGUGUACAGUUUAUAUACAGAAAUUCUAGUCUGCAUUUUUAAAGACUUUCUUUGUGAUAUAAGACAUAGUGAAUUAAAUCACAAUAAUGCUCAACUCAAA